AUGGUAUCAGAAACAGAGACUCCUUCCGAGAGCGGCACCGAAGGACUCACGUGGAUUUCCUGGUUUUGCUCUCUGCCCAGCCACCAAUAUUUUGCCGAAGUGGCGGAAGAGUUCAUUGAAGACGAUUUUAAUCUGACGGGCCUGAAUUUCCUGGUGCCGUUUUACAAAGAGGCACUGGAGAUGAUUCUCGAUAUCGAGCCGCAGGAAGACUCGCUCAAAAUUCCCGACGUGUCGAUCGUCGAGUCGAGUGCGGAGCUUUUGUAUGGACUGAUACAUCAACGCUACGUUAUUACUCGGCAGGGCCUGCAGCAAAUGGUCGAGAAGCACGAGGAGGGGCACUUUGGUGUAUGCCCACGUGUCUAUUGCAACACACAGCUCGUGCUCCCUUGUGGACGCUCGGACUUGCCGGGGCUCGAUACGGUCAAGCUAUACUGCCCCAAUUGCCAAGAUACCUAUACACCACCCAGCAGUCGCUUCCACGGGAUUGACGGCGCAUUUUUUGGCACCACGUUUCCACACCUGUUGAUGCAGUGUUACCGCGAUUUGGCGCCAUCCAUCAUUGCGCCACCUUCUCAGAAUAUCGACGAAGAGGGAAUGGACACGCAGCCUAUGGAGCUCUCGCCUUCCUCUUCAUUGACCGUGCCAGAAAAGAAACGCACCAAAACCUGCGAACUCGUACCGGCGCGACUUGGACGAAAGGCGCCACAGACGAGCAUAUAUAUCCCACGCAUCUAUGGGUUCCGCGUGAGCGAAUUUGCGCUCAGCGGGCCGCGUAUGCAAUGGAUGCGUAUGCGCCCUCAUAGCCUGCAAGCCUUGGAAGAGGCGUAG